GACUCACCCGACACACACUGACACCGAGACACACACACAAAGACAAAAACCCCCCACUCUCCGAUUUCAGUGACAUUUCAUCCAAUCCCCCACAUAUUCUUCGUCUCCUUCUUCAAUUUCACAGAUUUCGUUCCUUCCCAGAAAAAAACAGUAGUAACAAAUUUCUAAUUAACCUAGUAGGUAGAAAAUUUACCCCGGAAAUUGGGGGUAAUUGUCGGAGAGAAGGUUCUGUUGCUUUCUUAUCCAGUAUUGGCGUCAAUAAAACGCUAGCUAGCUCAAGAAAGCUUUGAUUUCAUUUUGGUGAUUUAAAAAUUAAUUAAAGAAAGAAAAGCGUUUUCCCUUUUGGAAUUUGGAUUGAUUAUUAGUAUACUACAGUUACAGUUACAGUUACAGUUACAGUUACAUAGUAUAAUAUUAAGGGUGGUGCGUGGGUUGGUGAAGCGUGGCGUUUCAUAGCUAAUGUCUUUUUACUAGGUUGGUCCACUAGCUCACGUUUCUUCUUGUUCAACAAAUCAACCCAAAAGGGUGCUUGCUUGCUUUGAUUUUGUGUGAGAUGGGUUCGUACGCGAAUUUGGCUAGGAGGGCUUUGGAAACUGAGAUGCCGAUUAUGGUUCAGAUGCAGGAAGUGCUUCGAGGAGCUAAGAAUUGCGUGUCUUUGGCUCAGGGGGUAGUUUACUGGCAACCUCCAAAGCCAGCACUAGAUAAGGUGAAAGAACUUGUGUGGGAGCCUUCUGUCAGUCGUUAUGGUGCUGAUGAAGGUUUACCUGAGCUUAGAGCUGCAUUGGUGAAAAAGUUGCGUCAAGAAAAUAAUUUGCACAAAUCCUCUGUAAUGGUUACAGCAGGUGCCAAUCAGGCAUUCGUGAAUCUAGUUCUUACUCUGUGUGAUGCGGGGGAUUCCGUGGUUAUGUUUGCUCCUUACUACUUCAAUGCAUAUAUGUCCUUCCAGAUGACUGGCAUUACCAAUAUACAUGUAGGCCCUGGUAGCCCAGAUACACUCUAUCCAGAUGUAGAUUGGUUGGAAAGAAUAUUAACAGAGAGCAAACCUGUCCCAAAGCUUGUCACUGUUGUAAAUCCUGGCAACCCUACUGGAACAUACAUUCCAGAAUCUCUUCUGCAGAGGAUUGCAAAUCUCUGCAAGAAUGCUGGCUCUUGGCUUCUUGUUGACAAUACAUACGAGUAUUUUAUGUUUGAUGGUCUGAAACACUCUUGUGUGGAGGGAAAUCACAUUGUGAACAUAUUCUCUUUCUCGAAAGCAUAUGGAAUGAUGGGAUGGCGGGUUGGAUAUAUAGCAUACCCAUCUGAAGUAGAAGGACUUUCUGCACAACUUCUUAAAGUUCAAGACAACAUCCCCAUCUGUGCUUCGAUAAUUUCACAACACCUUGCUCUCCACUCCUUGGAAAUGGGGCCUGAGUGGGUCAGAGAACGAGUACAAACACUUGCCAAGAACAGAGAAAUUGUUUCAGAGGCACUUUCCCCUCUUGGAGAGGGUUCUGUAAAAGGAGGGGAAGGUGCAAUUUACCUGUUUGCAAAACUCCCUAAAGGUGGCUAUGAUGAUUUUGACGUUGUUCGCUGGCUAGCUAAUCGGCAUGGGAUUGCUGUAAUCCCGGGAAGUGCAUGUGGUGCUGCUGGCAAUCUCAGAAUUUCAUUUGGAGGCUUGACGGAGAGUGAUUGCAGAGCGGCGGCAGAAAGGCUGAAGAAAGGGUUGGAAGAGUUGGUUGCAAAUGGGUUAGUGCAGGACCCAGUGAACUUCUAGUUCAUCACCUCAUGUCCAAAGAAUAAAAGGAAACAUAUAGAAAGAAAGACCAUUUGCCAGUGGAGCAAGAUUGCAACUGGCGCAUUUGAAUAAAUGUGAGAUUUACUUUAAGCCUGGUUAAUUUGCAGGUAUUUUCAUUUUGAAUUCCAUCAUUCAAAGCAAUGGAUAAAAACAUAUUCAUUUUUCUUUA